GUGAACUGCCAUGUCAAUUAAUCUUUAGCUGAAAAUUGCUCUUGUCUGUAUGAAUAGCCGUAAAUAUUUCCUUGCUGUCGGUGUCAUGUCGCUACAAUGACCAAAAUCACACAAAACGUAUAUUGUGUUCGUAUUGGCUCGCAUGUGAUCUUAUUUUGAAAAACAAACCGGAAGUCCUCCUCUUCUGGCUAGCUUGGCGCUAGCAUUCAGACCCAUGCAAAUGACUGAGGCAGAGAGCGCAAGAGAGGUGAGCCGUAGCCUAGCCGAGGUCCAAGUCAGGCGGACGUCGGUCCAGCAGUAAACUGGUAUCUUUUGUUGUCGUUUUGUCUUCGGACAAGUCAAAAUGGCAGCGAGCACAGAGGCCCCGGAGCCCUGGUACCUGGCCCUGCUGGGCUUUGCAGAACAUUUCCGCACGUCUAGUCCGCCGAAGAUCCGUCUGUGCGUCCACUGUCUGCAGGCGGUGUUUCAGUUCAAGCCGCCUCCGAGGGUCGAGGCCCGGACUCACCUGCAGCUGGGCUCGGUGCUGUACCGCCACACAAAGAACAGCGAGCUGGCCCAGACUCACCUGGAGAAAGCGUGGUUCAUUUCACAACAAAUCUCUCAAUUUGAAGAUGUCAAGUUUGAAGCAGCCAGUAUCCUAUCAGAGUUCUAUUGUCAACAGAACCUGGUGGACUCAGCCAAACCAGUGUUGCGGAAGGCCAUCCAGAUCUCUCAGCAGACUCCCUACUGGCACUGCAGACUGCUUUUUCAGCUGGCUCAAUUACACGCACUAGAGAAGGACUUGGUAUCUGCCUGUGACCUCCUUGGAGUUGGGGCGGAGUAUGCGAGAGUCAUGGGAUCAGAAUACACACGAGCUCUCUUCUUAUUGAGUAAAGGGAUGCUGCUGCUGAUGGAGCGGAAGCUGAGUGAGGUGCACCCUCUGCUGACGCUGUGCGGGACCAUCGUGGAGAACUGGCAGGGAAACCCCAUCCAGAAGGAGUCCCUCAGAGUUUUCUUCCUCGUGCUGCAGGUCACACACUACCUGGACGCUGGACAGGUAAAGAGUGUGAAGCCGUGCCUGAAGCAGCUUCAGCAGUGUAUCCAGACCAUCUCCACCCUCCAUGAUGAUGAGAUCCUUCCCACUAAUCCAGCAGCUCUCUUCCACUGGCUGCCCAAAGAGCACAUGUGUGUGCUCGUGUACCUGGUGACAGUGAUGCACUCCAUGCAGGCGGGUUACCUGGAGAAGGCACAGAAGUACACAGACAAAGCUCUCAUGCAGCUGGAGAAGCUGAAGAUGCUGGACAGCAGCCCCAUCCUGUCCACAUUCCAAGUCAUCCUGCUGGAGCACAUCAUCAUGUGCCGGCUCGUCACUGGACACAAGGCCACAGCUUUACAAGAGAUUUCUCAGGUUUGUCAGCUUUGCCAGCAGUCACCCAGGUUAUUUACAAAUCACGUUGCCCAGCUUCACACACUGUUGGGCCUCUACUGUAUCUCAGUGAACUGCAUGGAUAACGCUGAGGCUCAGUUCACUGCUGCUCUACAGAUGACCACUCACCAGGAGCUGUGGACGUUCAUUGUGACCAACCUGGCCAGCGUCUACAUCCGGGAAGGGAACAGACAUCAAGAGCUGUACAGCCUUCUAGAGAGGAUUAACCCUGAUCACAACUUUCCUGUCAGUUCUCAUUGCCUCCGAGCUGCAGCGUUUUACAUCAGAGGGCUCCUGUCUUUCUUUCAGGGACGUUACAAUGAGGCCAAAAGAUUUCUAAGGGAGACCCUGAAGAUGUCAAAUGCUGAGGAUCUAAACAGGCUGACUGCUUGCUCGCUAGUCCUACUGGGCCACAUCUUUUUUGUCUUGGGCAACCACAGGGAAAGUAACAAUAUGGUGGUUCCUGCCAUGCAGCUCGCCAGCAAGAUCCCAGACAUGUCUGUGCAGCUGUGGUCCUCUGCACUUCUCAAAGAUCUGAACAAGGCCUGUGGAAACACCAUGGAUGCCCACGAGGCGGCUCAGAUGCACCAGAACUUCUCCCAGCAGCUCCUGCAGGACCACAUUGCAGCCUGCAGCCUCCCUGAACACAACCUCAUUAGUUGGACUGACGGCCUCCCCCCUGGGCAGUUUCAGCCUCAGAAUGGACCUACAACCAGCCUGGCCAGUCUGCUCUGAGAACAGCACCCCAGCCUGAUGGGGAAGAGGAGAGCAACUGGGGGAAUAAAUGACAAUACAAACAGAAAAAAGGAGAACUACCUGAUAGAAGGGUAGGAGGAAAGGAAGGCAGGAUAAUGAAAAUAGAAACUGAGGACCUACUGCACUGUUUCAUUUGGCAGCCUUCCAUUCAGUGCAUUACCUCACUCAUUUGGGGCACUGGGGCAUUGUGCCUGGAUUUUAAGUAAUUUAAGUUUUUGGGAAAGCAUACAGUGUCAUGGGCACACUUUUAUUACACUGGCACACUUUGGAGUGGUUAUAAUAGUUUGUUCUACCAGCUCCAGAACAAAUGAUAUAUUAAAGGGAAACUUCAGCAUUUUGGAAAAUGCUUAUUUGCUCUUAUGCAGAGAGCUAGAUGAGAAGACUGAUACCACUCUCAUGCCAGUGUGGUAAGUAUGAGGCUACCACCAGCGGACAGCUAACUUACCUGAGCAUAAAGACUAGGAAAAGAGGAGACAGCUACAGAGUGGGAUCCACCUUCUUAUCUAACUCUUGAAAAGAAAGGCCAUUUCUGAAAAUGUCAUACUUUUCCUUUUAAAUUCAUCAGAUUUUUCUGACACUUUUAGCUCAUCUCUUUUUCCUGCAAGACGAUCAAAAAAGUUUUUUUUUUUUUCUAAAUCUGGGAUGAAACUCUGAGAAACACACAUUUUAAGAUAAAUUAAGGUCAAAUUUCCAUUGGCCAGACACACAGGAAAAUGGAACUCAGUCUAUUGUUGUGCAUGAACUUGGUGUCUGUCUUUUCAAAGCACUGUUUGGCCAGUUCUGAUACACAAUAUUAGUUAGGAUACAUUUGGAUAUACAGUAUUCCAUAUUCACUGUAAUGAUCUUAAUGUAGUGUAGUGGUAUGUUUGAUAUGUAUUUGGUGGUUGAGCUGCACUUGUAGUUUAUUCACUGAAGAAGAACAAAUGUGAGCCGUCAUUCUGAGCUGAGAUCAAUGACAAUUUGAAAUUAUAUUAUACCUGAUACACCUUGGAACCACCUGACCAUUUAUAUAAAUGCAGCCAUUGGCUUGCCUGACAUCUAAUAUAGUGUAUUAAUCUUCUGAGGGUAAGAGAAGAGAAACAUGUUUGAGACUGUGAUGCAUUAAAAACAAAUAUUUGGGUAAUUUAUUGACAUAACAAUUCAGUCGACUUGCUGCCUGACUGUAAUUCCCUUUAGAUUUUUACCAUUUUCACUGUCACUGUGGUGUAUGUUUAUAUGCUGUGCACAUUUUGCCUGGAGUCAAGAAACCAGUAAUAAUAGUAAUAUUUCUACUAAAUAAGAUUGACUGUUACCUGUUUGCACAUAUGUUGUUUCAUGAUGAAACUCACAUUUUUUCUUUUACAUUUAAGCAUUUUGGAAUAAUUGUUAUUUUUCUCACUACAGUUUUACUCUCUUCCUGUUUUACUCGUUUCUUCCAGACGAUGGCAGUAUAAAUCUGUAUUUAAAUAACUUAUUUAUUUAACGUUGCUUUUCAUUACAGCAGAUUAAUUUGUUCUUUGCCAUCAUUGUUAAUAACUGGUAAGACUGUUACUGUCAGUUUAGUUACAUUAAUGUAGGAGAGGUACAUUUUAGUUUCAGACAUUUGUUAUACAGAUUUCUGCACUCAUAGUUUUUAUUACUUCAAGAUUAACUACUGGGUUUGGUCAUUUGCAAAGUAUUUACUGCAAUAAAAACUACAGUAUGGAUGCCAUUUAUUUUAUUGCCAUUUUACAUUAUAAUUCUAAGCAGAAUGUUUGAUUUGUUGUUUUCUUUAUUGUCAGUUUAACUGUGCUCCAACACAUUUAUGACUUUUAUAAAUAAAAAUUCAAACAUAGAAUGACUUUAUUGUUCAUAUUGAAUACCUGCUGCAAAGAGAAUGCAGCUAGACAAUGAUUACAGAGAGGUGCAGAUGCAUGUCACCACUCAUAACUGAUUUUAAAUGACUCACCAUGACUGUAAAAAGUGUUGACAUUAAAGGACUGUACCAGGUGCUUGAA